AUGGUACUCCUGUUACAGAUGACUAGAUUUCCUGUUCUUGUUUUCCGUGGACUUCUACUAUUCUUUCUCGGCAUAUGUUUCUGUUGGGUUUGUGAAGCGUUACACAAUAUCAAGGGAGAAUUCACAUCAUCAGAAAUAUCUUUUUACACACAGUCCGCUGCUAAAUUCUGGAUACCAUUCUGUUGUGGCGUUGCAUCUAUGGCUGUAGGACUUCUUUCACCGUGCGUUGACUCCAAGCUGGGCGUUUUCGACGUUUAUAAUAAUGAAUGGUCUUCAGUACUGAGGUGUGCUGCACUUUUCUUCGGAUUCAGUCACGCAACUGCAAGGAUUGACUUCGCCACCUAUUCACAACUCUCACUAACAGCCAUUGGACUCUCUAUAGCACUGUGGUGGGUGUUUGAUGGAUCUCGAGUUGGAUUUGUUUUUGGGAUGGCAGCCGCUCUACUAGCAACAUUUAUUUUUCAAUCAUUUGUUUGGAAACAACUUUACAGGUUUUCCCAUCCUAUGAUGGCAGCUUGGCUACCCUGUUUAUUCUUCUCCGGCGGCGUUGUCAUCGUCUUGGUGGGCAGGCAGCUUGCAAAACCUGAUGUAAUGGCUCUAAUGCAAAGAAAGGUUAAAUAA